UUGGAAUAAAAAUUAUCCGAUUCUAAGUUACAUUCAAAAGACAAGUCAGAAGAUUUUAGUUAAUAAUAAUAUUCUAGGUAACGCUGCAAAGUUAGCUUCAACUUUUUACACGUGAAAUUGACCCUCCUGACGAGCGCAAAGAAAUUCACUCGUCGUCUGUUUUGCUGUCGAAAGACAAUCCGACGAAGAAACGAUGGCAACAGUCGUCGCGAGAGGAAUUCGUGCUCUGUCAACGGCGUACCGUAAAUUUCGACGUAAGAAUUCGUUCGACAUCGUGAACCACGUGAUGCAGCAGAAGCCGCGGUCGAAGACGAUUCACGGGAAAACGAGGAAGGCGUGUCUCGGGGUCGUUGCGGGAAUAGUCGGCGGAUGUGGCGCGGUUCUCUACUUCCUGGACGAAUCGGUCAAGGCGCGCGACAUCGCGAUCUCUUUGCCAAGGUAUCCCUGGGAGUUCAACGGCGUGUUCAAGUCCUUCGAUCACGCGGCGCUGAGAAGAGGAUGGCAAGUUUAUAGAACCGUGUGCCACACGUGUCACAGCCUUCGUUACGUUCGUUUCCUCGAUUUGGUUAACGUGACGCACACCAGCGAGGAGGUCAAAGCUAUCGCCGCCGAGUUCGAGGUGGAUGAUGGUCCCGACCAGGAGGGCAACCAUUACAAGAGGGCAGCGAAACUGCCCGACAGGGUUCCAUCGCCUUUUCCAAACGAGGAAGCGGCCAGAGCAGCAAACUUUGGCGCGAAUCCACCGGAUCUGACGUACGCAGUUUACACGCGAAGACGCGGUACCGAUUACAUGUUCUCCCUGCUGACUGGCUGGACCGAGCCGCCAGCGGGCGUGCGAGUAGAAGACGGACAAUACUUUAACACUUAUUUUCCCGGCAAAAUCACCAGGAUGGCACAAAUGUUUUACGAUGGGUGCGUCGAAUACGAAGAUGGCGUACCAGCGACCGUAUCGCAAAUGGCAAAAGACGUGGUGGAGUUUCUUUCAUGGUCCGCGGCGCCAGAACACAAUACGCGAAAAAUCAUGACACUGAAAGGCAUUGGAAUCGCGAUCAUAUUGGUGAGCACCGUUGCUCACAUCUUCAGGCGGCAUACUUCGCAUUUGAGAAGUCGACGAAUAGCUUACAUACCGAAACGCACCCGCUGAGCCGCAGGAUUAUCUCCUAAUGGAUACACUCACGACGAGAUCGAACGAGGAAAACACUGUCGCGUUGGCCUGGUGUCCAUCGAAGAGAUUUGCUCUCAAACGGUGGCUAACCUAACCUCUCUAAUGCUGGAACUCCCGACAGGGGGGCCAUAGGCUCCUCCAAUGGGCCACGCUGUUGUUCUUGGGAGUCAUAAAUGAAGAAUGCAAAAUAAUAAGAAACCGCAGCUUCUUAGUAUGCAACGAAAAAUAUGAUGAACUUCUAACAAUUCAACGAAUGUUUAUUGCAUUAAAUAUACGUAUCAUAUCCUAAAAACGGUGUUCGGCCA